AUGCCCGGCGCCCUUGACGUGCUCAGUACCGUCCUUAGUAUCAUUGGGUUUCUGGCCAUCUUGUGCCAGCUCCUCUACUGGAUUUUACAAAAGAAACUUCCGCGUGCGAAACUACGCAUUGUCGAGGCCGCCCUCGCAGAGACUGAAACUCUCUUGGAUCGAUGCGUGGAAGAAGGCCGUCUCGGCAGUGGCAAUGAAGCCGCAGGAUUCCGCGAAGUCAUAGACAAGCUGCAAGCUCGGACAAAUCAGCUGCGAAUCCGUGUCCUUAGCGGGACAACCUUCGUUGAAGAUCUACGACACAUGCUGAGUACCUGGUCGGAUGGUUUCGAUGAUAUAUGCGUGGAUAUCAGGAGAACCCAGGCGGACAUUUCGAUAAGUAGCGCCGCAUACGCGUUGCAAUCCCCUCGGGAAAACGACGCAGGCAUGUCGGCGGCAUCUGCGGGUGCCACUCCCGUUGCAGAUACGUCCGCCACCUCCGAAACGCAGUCGACUGCUUCAAGCUCAUCCUCAUCUCAUUCAUCGGCUUCGUCCGAUUCUUGGGUGCUUCCCGACGACGCUCGCCUGAUAGCGCCGCCUCUCCCCGAGCUACCCUUGACCGGAUGGCGCGACGACGCCCGCUCUCCGCGCGCUGAUUGGAACGCCCCAUGGGGAGAAAGACGCAAGUCUGUCUCGUCUUCCAAGACGAGCUCCACGCACUCCUUGCGACGCAAGAAGCAAGGAUACGCUGUUGCGCGCACACGGGCGCUUGCUCGUGCAGCGCGUUUGUCGUAUGCGUAG